UUUGCAACCAAGAACUUAGCGUCCACCAUGGCGAUUCGCUGCCAAUUUGAAAACUCGAACGAAAUCGGCGUCUUCUCCAAGCUCACGAACGCGUAUGCGCUUGUCUGCAUUGGCGGCUCGGAGAACUUUUACUCGGUCUUUGAAGCCGAGCUCGCCGACCACGUCCCGGUCAUCCACUGCUCGAUCGCCGGCUGCCGCUUCGUCGGCCGCGUCGCUGUCGGCAACAAGAACGGCCUCCUCCUCCCCAACUCGACGACCGACCAGGAGAUGCAGCACAUCCGUAACGCGCUGCCCGACUCGGUCGUCGUCCAGCGUGUCGAAGAGCGACUCUCGGCGCUCGGCAACGUUGUCGCCUGUAACGACCACGUCGCGCUCGUGCAUACCGACUUGGACCGCGAGACGGAAGAGAUCAUUGCCGACACGCUUGGCGUCGAGGUCUUCCGCCAGACGAUUGCCGGCAACGCGCUCGUCGGCUCGUACUCGGUCUUGAGCAACCAGGGCUGCCUCGUGCACCCGCGCACGACGGUCGACGACCAGGAAGAACUCUCGUCGCUGCUCCAGGUGCCGGUCGUCGCUGGUACGGUCAACCGCGGUUCGGACGUGCUUGGCGCCGGCAUGGUCGUGAACGACUGGACGGCAUUCACGGGUCUCGACACGACAUCGACGGAAAUCUCGGUCGUCGAAAGCAUCUUCAAGCUCCAGAACGCGCAGCCGAACGCGAUUGCGGGCUCGAUGCGGUCGGCCUUGAUCGAUUCGAUGACUUAAUUACCCGAUUAAAUUUAAUAGACACCACGGUUGCACUCGA